AGGAGAUGGUUGCGGAAUCUGUGGCGGCUGCGGGCCAGGCAGCUGGCGAGCAGGACGCUGCUGUGGAGCACCGGGGGAACAAGAAGCUCCAGGCCAGAGGCGGGUGAAAGAGGAAGCGGCUUUGUCUCCAGAUUCGGUGUAAAUCUGGCCCCGUUUUUAUGCACCUGAUGAGAACCUGCACGUCCCAGCGCUUAAUUUUCUCAUCUCCAAGGUGCCCUGCCGUUUGAGGCCUCGGUGUGCCCCCUCAGUUCGCUACAUUCUUCCAGGAGCAGCAGAAAAUGAUCACAUCCCAGAUUGAGCAGAAGUGUGUUUUUCUAGGGAUCACUGUCAUUCAGGGAUGUGACUGUGGGCUUCACCCAGGAGGAGUGGCAGCACCUGGACCCUGCUCAGAGGACGCUGUACAGGGACGUGAUGCUGGAGAACUACAGCCACCUCAUCUCAGUAGGGUUUUGCAUCCCUAAACCAGAAGUGAUCCUCAAGUUGGAGCAAGGAGAGGAGCCAUGGAUAUUGGAGGAAGAGUCCCCAAGCCAGAGUGUCCCAGAAUUAAUUAAUAGCAGUAGAAACUAUUCAAGAAAGAAGUUUGAUGAAUUUAACAAAGGUAGAAAAUGGUUCCAUGAUGACAAGCAUGAAGGAAUUCACUCUGAAGAGAAACCUUAUGAAUAUAAUAAAAAUGGGAAUGGCCUCUGUCUUAAUGAAGACUCUGUUCAGCAUCAAAAAAUUCAAAUUUUGGAGCAAUCUUUUGAAUACAGUGAAUGUAGGAAAGCUUUCCAUGAGAAUUCACUCUUUGUUAUACAUAAGAAUCCUUACACAGGACAGAACACCUGUGAAUACACUGAAUACAGAAAAACCUUCUGUGAUAUGUCAUCUCUCUUUGCUCAUCAGAGAACACAUCCAAAAGAGAAUCACUAUGAAUUUAAUGAAUGUGGAGAAAAUUUCUUUGAGGAAUCCAUUCUCUUUGAACAUAAUGUUCACCCUUUGAGCCAGAAGUCAGAUCUCAUUCCAAUUCAGAGAAACCACUCAAUUGACAAUAUAAUUGAAUAUAAUGAAUGCAGAAACUUCUUCAAUGAAAAAUUAGUCUUUGGCAUACAACAGAGCAUACAAACAGCAGAAAAACGCUAUGAAUGUCAUGAAUGUGGAAAAACCUUCAACAAGAAGUCAGCCCACACAAGACAUCGGAGAACCCACACUGGGGAAAAAUCCUGUGAAUGUCAUGAAUGUGGGAAAACUUUCUGCAAGAAUUCAGACCUCAUUAAACAUCAGAGAAUUCAUACAGGGGAGAAACCUUAUGAAUGUCAAGAAUGUGGGAAAUCCUUCAGUGAAAAGUCAACCCUCACCCAACAUCAUAGAACACACACAGGGGAGAAACCAUAUGAAUGUCAUGAAUGUGGAAAAUCCUUCUCAUUUAAGUCAGUCCUUACUGUACAUCAGAAAACACACACAGGGGAGAAGCCCUAUGAAUGCUAUGAAUGUGGGAAGGCCUUUCUCAGAAAAUCAGACCUCAUUAAACAUCAAAGAACUCACACAGGGGAAAAACCUUAUGAAUGUAAUGAAUGUAGGAAAUCCUUCUCUGAGAAGUCAACUCUCACUAAACAUCUGAGAACUCAUACAGGCGAGAAGCCCUAUGAAUGUACUGAAUGUGGAAAAUUUUUCUGCUACUACUCGGGUUUCACAGAACAUCAGAGGAGACAUACAGGAGAGAAACCUUUUAGAUGUAAUGAAUGUGGGAAAAACUUCCGUCAGAAAUCAGCCCUAAUUGUUCAUCAGAGAACUCAUGUAAGACAGAAACCCUAUGAAUGUAAUGAAUGUGGAAAGUCAUUCUGUGUGAAGUCAAAACUCACUGCACAUCAUAGAACACACACAGGGGAGAAACCCUAUGAAUGUAAUGUUUGCAGGAAAUCAUUCUAUGUGAAGUCAAAACUUACUGUACAUCAGAGGACACAUUUGGGAAGAAACCCUAUAAAUAUAAUAAGUGAGGGAAAUCACUCUGGGUGAAGUCAAGAGUUUAUAGAACAAAGAACACAAAGCAGGGAGAAAAAUCUAUUAAGAUUUUGAGAACAUCUUUGGUCUAAAGUCAGUUCUCAUAAUACAGCAGAGAACUUACAGAAGGAAGAAAAUAAUAUGAUAUUCUGGACAUAGGAAAAUUUUCUACUGGAAUUUGGACCAUACAGUGUAUCAGAAAGCUCAGAGUACAGAAAACCUACUGGUGAAUGAAUACAGGGAACCUUCUGCCCAAAGCCACACUUCACUAAACAUCAGAGAAAUCACACAGGGUAGAAACCUCUAUCAGUAUUCACAGAGAAGACUUCAUCCACAGGCCAGAGAAAAUGUACAAACUAUAGGAAGUUAUAGGAAAGCAUUUACUAGGAGUUGGUGUUUUAUUGGACUUGUGUGAAAUGUUUGAAGUAGCAUUUCAGUGGACAUCAGAUAGUAAUUUAAGUGGGUAGAAGCUUUAAGUUAAACCUAAGUUUAUCAUACAUCAGCAACUUUGAACUGAAGUGUCUAGCAUUUAGGAGAUGUGGAGAACGUUUGCAUUUAAACAUAGCAUUUAUACAAUUUGGCCUAUUGUUGGGUGUGCUAUUCCUUCCAAUUUAAGGUACUGGACAUCAACUGGAACCAGGGGUUGUAAGCAACUCACAUGUUUAUUGCUCAGGCAUAUGGAAAACAAGGGAAGAUUUUAAGCAAGAGGACCCACCUGCAAGAAGAUUUUCUGAUGUCCAGGUAGAGAGAGAGAGAGAUCCUGGUCUUGGUGAUAUACAUAUGACAGCAGCUUGCCAGCAGGAUUUCUGAUUAAUUGUGAGGCUGACUAAUUUUGAGUGGCCUGUCCUGAAAUGGUGGAUCAAAGGGGCAAUGUAGGUUCCUUGAAUGCAGCUACCUGGUGUAGUGGAAGUGGUAUGAAAUAUAGGUAGUUUCUGCCUUACCAGUGUUUUAACAGUUUGGCCAGAUGCCAUCCUGCUGUGAAGUGUGACCUACUGCAACCAACUUUAUUUAUCCACAUACUGAACAUGUUUCGCAUGUGAUACAAUGAUUUUUUAAAAAGCAGAACAUUCAUGUACAAACAUAUACACUGUUAAGUAUGGAGCUUUAAAAAGCACAAAUAGAUUUUACUACUGAGUAAGAUACAGUAGUUUGCAGCAGACCAGUGCACUCACUAAGAACAACUAGAAAAGCAGUUCACAAAAAGCAUCUAUUUACUUGCAACCUAUUGUUGCAGAAGCAAAGAGGGCUAGAAUGGUAAAAUUCAGGAGAGGAGUGAAUGACAGAAAGUAUAUGGGAAAAUAUAGCUGUUUUUCCUGGGAGCACCUGCUAAUUCUGGCUACAGGGAGGAACCUGAAUAUUGAGCUUGGCUCAGGCAGAGGGCUAUAGCUUGGUGGGGCAAGGGGGGUUAGGGUGCAGGGAGACCAGAAACCAGGGAACGGUGAACUUUGCCAGUCAAUGCUGGAGUGAAAAAUUCUGAAACAUGAGAGGCUUCAAACACACAGCCAGUUUCUCAAAAUCUUGAGAAUACUGACACAGGGCAGGAACUUGAAAAUCUAAGCUCAAAAACACAAGUAGAUUUUCUUUUUCAGUACUGAGAAAAAAAUGAAUAGAAUUCAGGAACUGCCAGUAGGAUGGGCCCCUGGCAAACACAGCAUGCUAUCAAUAAAAGCACAAGGUCAUACCAGAGGUAGAUUGUACCUUACCAAAACUGCAAACAAUCUGAGUCAUAUUUAAAAAUCUACCCAGAAAGAAAACUCAUAGGAACAGAUGGCUUCACUGCAGUUAUUCUAAAUAUUAAAAGAAGACAUAAUACCAAACUUUUAUAAACUUUUCCAGAGAUAGAAAGAUAGGAAUUUUCCUGUUCACUUUAUGAGGCCAGUACAACUUUGAUACCAAAACCUUUAAGACAUUUCAGGAAAGUAAAGUUAUAGACCACUAUCUUAUGAAUUUAGAUACAAAAUCCUAAAAUUAAAAAAAUUCCAGCCAUAUCAAAGGACAAUAUAUCUUGACUAAAUGAUGUUUACUAGAGGAAUCAAAGGAUAGAUUUAGUAUUUCAAAUUCAAUCCAUUUGGCCUUCUACUCCUCUCUCUGAUUCUUUCUCCCUUGCACUUUGUAAAUUUCUCUUCUGCCUUCCCUUCCUAGAGUCGAAAAGGCAGAAUAGGUCUGCCGUGAGGGAUGAGAAAGGUGUUGUGGUGAUGUGCCAACCUGCAUCAAGAGUGCUGGGGGCAAGUGGAAGAGAUGGUUAGUAUGGCUGAGAUACUGGUAACACUGAGCAGAUAAGUAAAUGUAUUGAAGAUGAUGAGAGCCAGGUUUCUCACUGUUGGAAAAGGUAUCUAUAAAAAUGGAAAGGGGGGAAGCUAGAAAACCACCUGGAGUGUUGGACUGGAAUGAUACUCAUUUUAAAUACACAGAAAUAAUUAUAGUAGUCGUUGUGUGUGUGUUUGUGUGUAUUUUAUGGAUCUGUCUACUGACACCUCAGUAGCACUGAGCACACCAAUUACCAGGUUAUUAAUUACUAAAUACUAUCCUCCCACCAAAAAUUGAGCAGGUCUCUGGAGUGAUAGCUUAUUCCAAGUCAGAGAUGGGGAGGAAUAUCUAUCAGACAAUAAGAAAAUGUUCUAAGAAUUAUGGAAACAUGUCAAAAGAACAAAAGAACUACUUUGGACAGGUUCCAGUGGCCAAAUUUGAGACAGUUUGAACAUCAAAACAAAUAACAAUAGAAUCAUAGUAUAAGUGACUUAAAAAUGGGAAUCCAAUAAUUUGUACAGAUAUAAAUAAGUGAAUAAAUACAUAGAGGAGGGAAAGCUUUCUUUAUAAGCCAACUAAUAAAUGUAGGAGGAAUAAUGGCAACAGAAAAAACACUAUUUGGCAACCAUCAUACUGGUAGUUGAUUCAGUAAGUAGUUGCCAACAUAGGCUAGAGUUUGUGGGUAGAAGUUUAAUGAAGAACAGGUAUUGGCAUUAUCUCCAAAUAUUUCGCCACAAAAUACUAAUCAACUAAAAGGUGAAAAUAGUGAUUUUUAUGAUAAACCUGGCAGACAUCAACAUAAUCAAGUGAUCAAAGUUCACUUCACCAAUGGUAGGACAGGUCAACGUAAUGUACUCCCUGGUGAGAUGCUCUGAGAAGAGCCAACACAUUUGUGCUGUAUUCUUACCAAGAAAGCAUAGCCAGAGUAUGCUAAUGCGGAGAUACCAGAUGAACCCGCUUGAAAGGUUAUAUUAUAGAAUGUAAAGCCUGUAUUUAAAUUGUCAAGGACAUAAAAGGAAAAGACUGGGAGACUGUUCCAGGUUGGAGUAGACUGAAGAUGUUUUAAAAUAAAAACAAAAAGGAAAAAUAGAAUAGUUGGGACAAUAAAGAGUGUGUAAAUUGGAUGGUAGUGUUUAUUUCCAGACUUGGGUCCGUAAGUAAGUAAGUGUUCAGGAAAAUACACAAGUACAUAGGGGAAACGAAGUCUCGUGUCUGCAGGUUAUUUUCAAACGCUUUAGAAAAAGAGUAAUGAAUGUGUGUGUGUGUAGAGACAGAGUUCAAGUAUGUGGGGACAGAUGGAGAAAAUGCAGUGCACAGGGGGAAAUCGGAAUGAGUUUUUUCUACUAGUGACUUUAGUAAGCUUGAAAUCAUAUCCAAGCAAAUACUUACUUAAAAGUUUAAGUCAAUUGAUGUAGCCUACCACAUUAGAAAAAAAUAAGUUAAACCAUAUUAGUGUCUCAGUAGAUGUAGAAAACAUUUGAUAGAACUUUACACAUAUUCAUGAUUAAAAAACUACACUAGAAAUAGAAGGAAACUUCAUUAAAAACAAACAAAAAGCUAACAUACAACAAACAUCAAACUAAGUAGAUGAAUACUGGAAUAUUUCUUCCUGAUAUUAAUAAUGAGACAAGGACCUCCCUGGUGGCGCAGUGGUUAAGAAUCCACCUGCCAGUGCAGGGGACAUGGGUUCGAACCCUGGUCC